UUCUUCAACUAUCAUCACCUGCAAAUUAGGGUUUAUCAAAUUCUUAGGUUUUUCCAAUACCAAAAAUCUCUAACUUAUCAAACAGAAAAAAGACACUGUAAUUCAUCAGGUUAAAAAUGGGAAGCAAGAAAAGAAAUUCAAGUUCUAUAGAGGAAGUUGAUACUUUGGUGCCAAGAACUGAGAAUAAUAAUGCAGUAGUAGGCGAUUUGAAUCCGACUAAAAAGAAAUUGAAAAAGGCCAAAGAAAAGGACGUCGGAACGGAAAAUUUGGAUGUUCCUGCUACUGCUAGUUCAGUAAAACCAAUGGAAAGGAAAAAAGAACGAAAAGCAUUGGAUAAAAAGAAGCACCGGGUUGCUUUAGACUCGAAACCGAAGCCAGUGGUGGUGGACGUCGAUAUGAAAGUGAACGAAAUUAGUGUGGAGAAUGCGGGUUCGUCUAGUAGUGGGUUGCCUGAGUUUCAUAUUGGGGUUUUUAAGGACUUGGCGUCUGCGGAUGUAUCGGUUAGAGAAGCUGCGGUGGAGAGGUUGGUGAGUGAGUUAAGGGAGGUUCAGAAGGCAUAUGAGAUGGUUGAUAAUAAGGAGUUGAUUGAAGGUGGGUUGAAAUUAGAAGCUGAGAAAGAUGAUGGGUUGAAUAAUUGUGCGCCUUCUUUGAGGUAUGCUGUGCGUAGGCUUAUUCGCGGCGCUUCUUCUUCACGGGAGUGUGCUAGACAAGGUUUUGCAUUAGGAUUGACUGUGUUAGUUGGUACAAUUUCAAGCAUCAAAUUGGACUCGCUGUUGAGACUAAUAGUUGAUUUGUUGGAAGUUUCUUCUUCAAUGAAGGGUCAGGAAAUAAAGGAUUGUCUUUUGGGUCGCUUAUUUGCUUGUGGUGCUCUUGUCCGAUCAGGAAGAAUCACUCAAGAGUGGAUGUCUGAUAAAGAUACUCCAAUCCUUAAGGAAUUCACUAGUGCUCUUCUUUCUCUCGCAUUAAAGAAGCGGUACUUGCAGGAGCCUGCUGUUGCCAUUAUUUUAUAUUUGGUUGAAAAGCUGCCAACUGAGGCCGUGAAGGAACAUAUUCUUCAGAAUUCCACUCUUUCUAAGUGGUUUGAAGAAGCCAUGAAUAUUGGAAAUCCUGAUGCUUUGCUUUUAGCAUUGAAACUUCAGGAAAAAAUAUCUGAUGAUAGCCCGAUGUUUGGAGAUCUUUUGCCACAACCAUUUAGCCCUAGCAGAUUCUUUGCCUCUGACAAUUUGGCCUCAAUUGCCCAUUGUUUGAAGGAAUCAACAUUCUGCCAACCUCGGGUUCACAGUGUGUGGCCAUUUCUGGUAAACUUGCUUUUACCUGAUGCUGUUGUGCAAGCUGAGGAUAUGGUGUCGGCUUCCAAUUCUCUUAAGAAGCAUAAAAAAAGUCGCAAAUCUAGCUCUUCUGCGGAAGAAACAGAUAGAAGUAUUCAGAACUUUUGUGAGGUAAUUAUUGAGGGAACACUUCUUCCGUCAUCUCAUGAUCGCAAGCACCUGGCAUUUGAUAUUCUGCUUCUACUCCUCCCAAGGCUACCUGCAUCUUUCGUUCCCAUUGUUCUGUCUCAUAAACUGGUUCAGUCCCUGAUGGAUAUACUCUCAACUAAAGAGUCUUGGCUGUAUAAAAUUGCAGAAAAUUUUCUCAAAGAAUUGUCAAAUUGGGUCGGAAGUGAUGAUGUAAGAAGGGUUGCUGUCAUAGUUGCUUUUCAAAAGCAUAGUAAUGGAAAAUUUGAUAACAUCACAAGGACAAAGACAGUUAAAGCUUUGAUGGCAGAGUUCAAAACAGAAGCAGGUUGUAUGUUGUUUAUACAAAAUUUAUCGAACAUGUUUGUAGAUGAAGGUCACACUUCCGAGGAACCUUCAGAUCAGAGCCAGACAACUGAUGAUAACUCAGAGAUAGGAUCAAUAGAAGAUAGGGAUUCAGCUGGUGCAGUGGGGAAUUCAGAUUCCUUUAAAAGUUGGGUUGUGGAGUCCCUCCCUAGUAUUUUGAAAUAUUUGAAGCUGGAUCCAGAAGAAAAGUUCCGGGUGCAAAAGGAAAUUUUGAAGUUCUUAGCUGUGCAAGGUCUAUUCUCUGCUUCCCUUGGUUCCGAAAUCACAUCUUUCGAGUUACAGGAGAAAUUUAGGUGGCCAAGAAUAGCAACAUCAAGUGCCAUUUGCAGAAUGUGUAUAGAGCAGAUCCAACAUUUGCUGGCAAGUGCUCAGAAGAUAGAGGGGUCACGGUAUUUGGCAACUAGUCUUGAGCCCAGUGAUGUAGGCACUUACUUCAUGCGCUUCCUCAGUACAUUACGCAACAUUCCUUCGGUCUCUUUAUUUCGAACUUUAAGUGAUGAGGAUGAAAAAGCUUUUGAAAAAUUACAAGAAAUGGAAUCCAGGCUUUCAAGAGAGGAAAGGAGUGGUGGGAUGAGUGCAGAUGCAAAUCGAUUGCAUUCACUGAGAUACUUACUAAUCCAACUGCUACUCCAAGUGCUCCUUCAACCAGGAGAAUUCUACGAAGCAGUAUCUGAACUUAUUAUCUGUUGUAAGAAAGGUUAUCCAACUUCUAAUCUUGAAUCUUCAGCAGAAGAUGAGUUGGCUAGUGAUGACGGUCCUGAGUUAAUGGAUGUACUUGUGGAGACAUUCCUUUCAUUGUUGCCACAAUCAUCAGCUCCUUUGCGGACUGCCAUUGAACAGGUUUUCAAGUACUUCUGUAAUGAUGUGACGAAUGACGGACUACUUCAGAUGUUGCGGGUCAUCAAGAAAGAUUUGAAACCAGCUAGACAUCAAGGAGCAGAUAGUGAAGAUGAUGAUGAUGAAGAUUUUCUUGGUGUUGAAGAAGAUGAAGACAUUGAUGAAGCUGAGACAGGUGAAACAAGUGACAAUGAAGAGCAGACAGAUGAUUCUGAGGCAGUAAUUGAAGCUGAUGAAGCUGGAAAAGAACCGCCUGAAGAUUCCGAUGAUUCUGAUGGAGAUGAUAUGGAUGAUGAUGCAAUGUUCCGCAUGGAUACUUAUCUUGCUCAAAUUUUCAGAGAGAAAAGAAAUCAGGCUGGGAGUGAAACUGCUCAAUCCCAGCUAAUUCUGUUCAAACUCCGUGUUCUUUCUUUGCUGGAGAUUUACCUACAUGAAAAUCCAGGUAAACCUGAAGUUCUGACAGUGUACACAAAUUUGGCUCGUGCACUUGUUAAUCCGCAUACUACAGAAAUCAGUGAGCAGCUUGGACAGCGUAUAUGGGGAAUUCUACAAAAGAAAGUAUUUAAAGGGAAGGACUUCCCUAAAGGUGAAAAUGUGCAAUUAUCUACACUUGAAUCUUUACUGGAAAAGAAUUUGAAGUUGGCAUCGAAACCAUUCAAGAAAAAGAAAUCUGCAGCUCUGUCAAAGAAGAAGCAGUCAGCUUCCUUGAAGCGCCAUAAAAUGAUUGUUUCCCUAGCUCAGAAUUCAACCUAUUGGAUUCUAAAAAUCAUCGAUGCUCAGAAUAUUCCUCAGCCUCAACUGCAGAGAGUUUUUGAUAUUUUUAAAGAGGUGUUGGUGGAAUAUGUUGACAAUAAAAGGUCUCGAAUUAAAUCUGAAUUUUUGAAAGAAAUAUUUCGAAGAAGGCCAUGGAUUGGACAUCAUUUAUUUGGGUUGCUUCUGGAGAAAUGUAGCAUUGCAAAGUCAGAAUUUCGCCGAGUAGAUGCUCUUGAUUUAGUGAUGGAAAUAUUGAAAUCGAUGGUUUGUUCUAGUAGUACUGAUGACGACAGCCGCAAUGCAUCAAAGAAAAUCUUGAAAAGCCAUCUGCAAAAGCUAAGUAAUUUGAUAAAGGAAUUGGUUACAAAUAUGCCAGAGAACAAGUCGAGGAGAGCUGAGGUGCGAAAAACUUGCGUCAAGAUCUUUCAAAUUGUGUCGACGCAUGAUAUCACCAAGCCUUUUUUGAAAGCGUUGACCCCCGAGGCUCAAGCUGCUUGCGAAUCUCAACUCGGUGAGCUUUUUAUCAAUUUGAAGAAAGCCAGUGACAGCAAUAAGAAUUGAUAUUGCUUCACAUCUUUGAUAUUAUACAUCACUGAAAUGUUGAAGCUCCCUGCUUUUUGCCUCAAACAUAUUUAUAUAUACUAGGUUCAGUUAGAGUCCAGAAUUGAUGCUUUAACUAGAAAAUCAGUGUUUUUUGUCUUAUCAACUUCUUGCUACAUUUAUUGGGAUUAUCUGCCAGCUGCUAUUUAUGAGUUAGUUUAUGUAUUAUUUGAGAAUACUGUCAGGUUUUGGUAAAUGCAUAAUUCUUGUAUCACUUUGAUUAUUUGAACCUAUGAUCUAUCCGUUUUCGAGUUA